AUGACAUCAUCGAAAGUAUAUACAAACGAUUCACCAAUAAAUUUUGAUUCAAUACUUUGGUCAGAUAUUUGGAAUUAUUUAUUCACAAAUUUACAACUGAAACGAAAUAACAAUGAAAAUCUUAUUGAAUUGAAAACACAUUUAACAAACCGUAUUUCUAUGGUCCAACGGGAAUUAUCAAAGCCCACAUCAAUGGUUAAUGAUUAUUUACAAUGGGUUCGAUCACACCAUAAAAAUAUCAAAAUGGUAACAAAACCAAUACCGUUAUCGAUUCUUGGAUCAAAUGUGAGAGAAGGUGAACUGAUUGAUGUACGUAUUUCAUGUCGUGGUCCGGAUGAUAAAUAUUAUGAUCGCGAUCCGUUAUUACGUCAACGUUUGCCUCGAGGUUGUACAUUAAUUAAUUGCGAUUUAAAAGAUGAAAAAGAUAAACGUUUGGAUUUUGGAUUAUUUGCAUUGCGAAAAUUUACAGGUGGUUUAGGGGAUGAUGAUGAUCGACAAGAAGAUAAUCGAGCGUGGUUAAACUAUUUUUUAAUUCAUCCACAUGAUGCAAAACAAAUUAUUUGUACACAAAAGAUUAACGGCGAAGCAGCUCAUUUAUCGUGUUUUUCGCUCAAUAAUCGUUUAAUUCUAUGUGCUGGUUCAAAAAAUGUACAUCUAUGUUUUCGUAAUCAUUCAGAUAUUGAUUUAUAUGGUAACGAUGUAUGUUAUUCUUAUGCAAGUUCAUUUUGUCAUACAAUUUUAAACACAUUAUCAAAAAUGUCCGAUCAUGGUGCAAUGUUAUUAAAUUUUUUAUGCGAAACACGUUAUACAGCUAUAUUUGAAAUAUUAAAUUACGCUCAUCAACAUGUUGUUAAUUUAGAAUAUUUAAAAGAUUCAGCAUCAGAAUUAAAAUUUAUCACAUUCAGUGAAGUGCCUCAAAAUUUUGAUUCAGUAGUAACAAACUUAUGUUCACUACCACCUGAUUACAGUAUUGAAAUAGCAAGAUGUUUACAUUUAUCAACAACCAAUUAUGAUAUUAUUGAAAACAAACAAGAUAUUCUGAAUGAAUAUUUAUUAUCAAUCAAAUAUCGCCAUGAAUGUGAAGGUAGUGUUUUAUAUUUUCUUGAUGAUAAUGAUCGUGUUGUUGGUUUAUUGAAAAAGAAGACAAUUUGGUAUGUUAUAUUACGUGCAAUUCGAGAGAAAACUCGUCCAAUGUGUUCACAUUGGGAAAAGUCACGAAAGAUGGACUUAUCAGAAACAUUAUCUAAAACUGAAAAACGUUUAUGUGAAAUUCAAGGUUGGCUAAAAUAUUCUGAUGAAAUUUUAAAAUGUUGGACAGAUUUAGCUUGUCAAUUUAUUAAAUGGUUAUCAAAUGAAAUUAAAAAGAAAACAAUAAGUGUGAAAGACAUAUCUGAUCAUUAUCCAAUCGUAUGGACAAAGUUUUUAAAUGAAACAAAUAGUAACGAUAAUUUUAUGACUAAAUAUAUGAAUAAUUUGACAUCCAACGAUAAUGUAUGGAAACAAUUGAAUGAAAUUAAAACUAGUAGUAUCACGACAAAGGAUCAAUAUACAUCAAGACAAGGAAGAAAAACAAAACAACCGAGUGGAGAUGUUACGGUAGCAGACGAUGACAAUGUUGAUAUUAAUGUUCGAAGUUUGCAUCUAUUCGAUAAAGAAGAGAGCGACACAGUAGAAGACGAAGAAAAAAGUGAUCAAGAUGAUAAUAAAUGA